GUCCAGAUGUAACGUCGUUGAGUACACUACUAAAAAUAAUCAAGGUAUUAGUUAUACUUAUAGAGUUUCCUUUGGAUGCUGAUCAUCCUGCAUGGCUCUGGUCGGCCUUGUGUGUCGAUCUUUGCUGCGACUCACUGCAGUGGGUCACAAUGUAUCUGCCCUGAGUGGGAUUGCCGCUGGAAGGGUGUCGAGUAAGACAGCUUUCCCAGCUCUUCACCAACCCGGCAGUGUGACGGCAUUAUCCACCCGUCUGGCCCACUAUGAUACGCUGCCGAGGGAUGAGGGCAUUUUCGAGAUAAAGGGCUUCAAGCCCGAGACAUUCUGCCUGAUCGUGGGCACUGAACGAGUGCCAGAAGGCUCUAUGUCAGUGCAGGACGCCUUACUGACCCAGCCGAGGGAAUACAACUUGCUGCUGGUGCGCAGAAAUACCAAACAUGCUGAGCGGCUGCCGGUUCUGAGGCGCUUCAGCCCAGAAUGCUGGUCGGGCUGGGAACACCAUCGUAAGGCGUGGAAGGCAGAAGCUGCAGUGCGUCGCCGCCAAAUCCACAAAGCGCAGGCUGUCAGGUUGCGCCAGAUAAGGAAGGAGAAGAAGCUGCUGAACAAAGGCCGCAAAGUAUACGAGGCUGCCAAAAGAGCUGCUAAGAAGCGGAAACGUUAGCUGUCCUGCGCUGCUGCUGGGUGUGGCGUGCUGGAAUCAUGCUAUUCGCGUUAGUACUGACCCGUGCUAAGCACUACAGCUUGGUUGUCUGUUGUGUUGCUAUGCUGAUCUUGUUUGUCUGCUCUGGGCAUACUUCGAAGUAUUUUUAUAGCUACCUGUACGGUGCAGGCGUAUAUGAUUGAGUGCUGAUAUAAAUUUGAUUGAUAAGCUGUAGUCUGCCACGUCAUUGUUAUUUGCAAUAAGCCAUAGUGCUAGAAAGAAAGUGGGAGAUGUGAACAGA